GUGACAAGGUGGGUUAGGAUUGAAUCACAGCUGAUGGGAUUGGGAGUUUUGGUAUUGUGAAUGCCACUAACACCAGGGCAGCUAUCAGACGCCUCGAGAUAGUACCCGAUUAUCACCUCUUUGAAACCAACGGCCUGAUGCACCAUGUUUUGAGGCCCAUAGCUUUUCGACUUGCCCUCGUCUCCCCUCUGAGGUCGCUCACCAUCACCCAUCAUCACCUCUUCUUCACAAAACGCACCAUGGCAUCCAGCGCUAGAACAUACAAUGACGCAAUCGAUGCGCUCAACUCCCUCCAGACCCCCUUCGCCGUCAUCGAAGCCCGGCGCAAAGCGGGUAUCCGUCCCGAUGCGCACUCGGUAAAGGAAAUGCGUGCCUACCUCGCCCGCAUCGGCUACUCCUCCCAAGAUCUCGAUCGCCUCAACAUCGUCCACGUAGCCGGUACCAAGGGCAAGGGCGGCACCUGUGCCUUUGUCGACUCCAUCCUCACGCGUCAUCAGCGGACUCACGGUAUCCCUAGGCGCAUCGGUCUCUUCACCUCCCCCCAUCUGAUUGCUGUCCGGGAACGCAUCCGUAUCGACUCCAAGCCCAUCUCCGAGGAACUGUUUGCCCGCUACUUCUUCGAGGUCUGGGAUCGUCUCGAGACAUCUCAGCUGGCUAAGGAUGAGGUGGAACUGGGAAGCAAGCCCAUUUACGCUCGCUAUCUUACCUUGAUGAGUUACCACGUCUACCUGUCCGAGGGCGUCGAUGUAGCCAUUUACGAAACUGGCAUCGGGGGUGAAUACGAUGCCACCAACGUAGUCGACCGUCCCGUGGUCAGCGGUAUCAGCACCCUUGGUAUCGACCACGUCUUUGUCCUGGGUGAUACGGUCGACAAGAUUGCGUGGCACAAGGCGGGUAUCAUGAAGACGGGCAGCCCUGCGUUCACGAUUGAGCAGGUUCCCUCCGCAACUCAGGUGCUCAAGGAUAGGGCGGUGGAAAAGGGCGUGGAUCUCAAGAUCCUUGAUGUUGAUCCCAGGCUCAACGGCGUCAAGAUCCGUCCCGAUGCAGUCUUCCAGAAGAAGAACGCAACGCUGGCUAUCGCGCUCGCUGAGACUGCCCUCAAAAAGUUGGACCCUUCUUUCAAGCCUGGCACCGACAGUCUAUCACCCGAGUUUGUCCAAGGCCUCGAACAGGUUGUCUGGCGUGGCCGAUGCGAGGUCAAGGAGGAGGAUCAGGCUGUCUGGCAUCUUGAUGGCGCACAUACCGUUGACAGCCUGAAGGUGGCGGGGAGAUGGUUCGUCGAGGAGUGUGUCAAGAAGGCCAAGGGCGGACCCAAGGUGCUCAUCUUCAACCAGCAAGGCCGGUCUGAGGCCGUUGACUUCCUUGAUGGGCUUUGCAACACUGUCAAGAGUGCUGAUCCGGAGGGAACUGGCUUUAGCCAUGUGAUUUUUUGCACCAAUGUGACAUAUGCGACGACUGGCUACAAAAAAGACUUUGUCAACCAUCAAUAUAACCCCAAGGACAUUGAAAACAUGACACAACAACGAGUCUUCGCGGAGAGGUGGUCGACCCUCGACCCCUCUGCGAAUGUCAUGCUUAUCCCCACUAUUGAGGAGGCCAUCAACAAGGCCAGGAGCCUGGUAGACACCACGGAAGGCGAACAGAAAGUGCAGGCACUCAUCACCGGCAGCCUUCACCUUGUGGGUGGCGCGCUCGGCAUUUUGGAAAAAGCAGAUGCUCUCUGAAGGGGACUUGUGGUUCGGCAGCAGUUUUCAACAUUUAUAUUUUAGAUAUCCGUCCAUUUUUUACAUGGUAUGUACAGGAUUUGGCAUUUUGCUUCGCAGCAUCUUUUCUUUGUUACAAAACACAGGGAAAUACAGGAAAAGUACAGGAAAAUAGAACAAGGGGGUUAAAGGAAAACAGGCAAGCCAGGACUUAAUAUUCAACAUACUCAACUGUCUUGAGAACGCCACCAAGAAGGUGGAAGCUUCCCGUUACAAGGACAUUACACGUCUUGCCGUCCUUGCGCGCCUGCUCAGCGAUCUUCUGAACCUGUUCCAUGGCCGGCUCUACUGCGUUGUAGACCGAGGUCUCGGUCUCCGCACUAGCUUCCUGAAUAAUCUUCUGCCCCUGCAACUGCACCGCGAGAUCUCUCUCCGGCUCACCCUCUACCGGCGCCUUUUCCUCGUUCCUUGUGAGCACCGCGUAGGUGAACACCGGCGUCGUUGUCCCGCUUUGCUUCUGCGCGGCCGCAAGAAGAGCCCUCAACAAGACCUCCGGGUCCCUAUCCUGCUGGUUGAACACCAAGACGUUGACAUCGCCCUCCUUCACCUUCCCAGAAAACCACUGUCCAACACCCGCCAGGCUAUCCUCCGUAUGCGCUCCAUCAACAAACCACUCCGUGCCCUUGGGGUCUCUAAAAGACUCGCACCUGCCCUUAAGGCUAGCCUCCUUCAAACCCUUCUCAAACUCAGCCGGGAUAUCAUCCAAUUUCCAGCCUUCCUCCCCAAAAGCCCCCGCGAAUUUGUGUCCCACCCUGGUCAAGUGCUCCCUCGCCGCCGCCACGGCCAACGCCAUGUUAAACUUUUGAAAUGGCCCUUCCAACUUGGCCCCCUCUACGCCCUUCCACUUCUCAACCUGCUCAUCCUCCACUUCUACCAGCCUCUCCACUUCCUUCUCCUGCGCUCUAUUCCUCAACACCUCCAUCACUCCUUUCUGAGUUUCCCCAUCCAGCCUCCUCGUAAACCCUUUGACCCCUUUCCUAAAAAUCCCGCUCUUAUUCCACGCAAUUUUCUCAAGGGUAUUUCCCAACAUAGCCACGUGAUCAAUUCCCAGCUGCGUGACCACGCUCGCCGUCACGCACUGCGGGCUCAAGAAGUUCGUCGAGUCGUAUUCCCCGCCAAUCCCACACUCAAUCACCGCUUGCUUGACCCCCUCGCGGACAAAGAUGUGAAAGGCCAGGAUGGUCAAGAACCGAAAGUAAAACGGUUUCGUGCCGGGCCCGUCAUACUCUGCCUCGGACUGAACCGGAUCCCGAGCCGCUCGGGCGGCGGCCGACAGCCGGUCCCAGACUUCAAAGAAGUAAAGCGCAAACUUUUCGCGGGAGACGGGCACGUUGUCGAGCUGGAUCCGUUCGCGGACCGAGAGGACGUGCGGCGAUGUGUAGGUUCCCACCACGACAGGUUUUUGGAUGAUGUGGGCACCACCACCACCGCCGUCGUCAUGAAAAGAAGGAGGAGGGGGGUAUUGGGAGAUGAUGGAAGAAACCAGCGCCGACACAGAUCCUUUACCCUUGGUUCCCGCUACGUGCACGCACUUGAGCCCCGUGGCGGCAAGGGAUGAGGGCGUGUAGCCGGCGCGGGCGAGCCAGGAGAGCAUUUCGGGGAUUGCGAGGGAGUUGAGGUCCUUUUUGGCGGCAGGCUUCUUGCUUUGGGAGUCAUUGUUGCUGUCGUCGCUACCGAAGAGGUUGACGAUAGUGCGGUUGGAUUGGAGUUGGGCGAGACGGGAUAGGGCGUCGUCGUAGGUGCGCUGUGAGGAGGCCAUUUUGCAGGGUGUGGUAUGGCAAGUGCGAAGGGGAGGUCUGAAGAUGAAGUGGUGGAUGUUUGUUGUUGGCUUGGCUGAAAAUAGUUUCGCUCUUGUGGUGAGGCCAGAGAGCGGCGAG